AUGUUCACAGUAACGGAGCAUGUGAUUGAUGCGCAAUACAUCCGUGAAUAUCCAAAUGCAACAGUUUCUCAAGAUUCCCUUUUAAAACUUGUGGUGAAAAAGUAUACACCUAUUGACAACCCAAACCCCCAGCCAGGCGAUGUGACCGUUAUUGGGGCGCAUGGAUGCGGGCUUCUAAAGGCAAGUGCACAAUCUAUUGCUUAUAUCAUGAAAGAUGUUGCUAACUAA